AUGGCCCUGAGCAUAGUGUAUGCAACGGUGGGUGGGACGGCCAGAAAUCUAGCACACAAGAUAGCAGCGCUUCUGGAUUCACGAGGAAUAGCCACCCAGUUGUAUGACGUCAAGAAUAUCAGGACGCUCGAAGACUUGCCGACGGGCGACCUUCUCUACCUUACAUCUACGCAUGGACUCGGACAGCAUCCGCAGAGUGCACACGCUUUAAUGAAAAGCCUUAAGCAGCAGUCAAAACCCGGACCACGUCACUGGCUCAAUAAACGCGAAGCAAAUCCUCAACUUUUGGGGUCUAGUAGACGAAUAGCUGUUUUAGGCAUAGGAUCUAUCAAGUAUCACCAAUUCUGUGCAGCAUCGCAAGAUGCUGUAGCCGUGUUUAAGAGUCACAGCAUUCCUACCCUUGUCGAACCCAUCCACUUAGACACAUCAGAGUUGGAGACAGGGUUACAGCUUUGGGUUAAAAAGUUUCUCACUGCAAUUGGCACUACUGACUCCCAUGUUCUGGAUGUGCCGGUAAGGAAACUCGGCGAAGAAAAUCUCGCCGAUUUAUCAGAAAACACUCUAUUUGAUCCCCGGAUCACUGAAUCUACGUUAUUGUCUGCCACCAUGCUCAGCAGCUUUGGAUGGAUUUAUCAUUUGCACGUUCCUAGCACUCUUUCGCCUAUGCUUGUUCCAGGAGCACACAUUGCAGUAUACCCACGUAUAGAGGAAUCCAUGAUAAAUCGUCUGCUCGAUUUGGGAGUACUUACAUUGCAUGACACAUCGAUAGACUCUACUGCCUUUAUACAGAUCGAUUCCCCUCAUGAUCCAGACCUUCCCGCUGAUCCUAUCUCGAUUGUUGACUUGCUGAGUCGCGUAUGUAACGUGAAUGCAAAGCCAUCGUACAACCUCAUUUCGUUUUUAGCCCCAUAUGCUACUACUUCAGAGGACAAGUUCAAAUUAAAGUAUCUCACGGAAGACGCAGUUCUAUUUGACAUUCUGUCUUACCAAUGGCCUACCAUCUAUGAUUUUCUGUUGGAUUUUAGCAGUCUACGGAUACCUCUGGGCAAGUUUUUGCGUGUGUGUCCUCGUAUCGACCCUAGACUUUACAGUGUUGCAUCCUUACCUCAUCCGGAUGAAGAUUCUAACACUGUAUGCACUGUGGACCUUUUAGUAGGCAAUCCAAAGCCAAGAAAUGGACAUUCUAUCCAGAAUAGUUUGGGCCCCUCGUAUCUUCAACGAGCUCUUAUCUCUAACGAGCCCAUCCGUAUUGCAAUACUACAGAACCAAUUUCUCAGCGAUUCUGGGCUUACUAUGUUACUUGGUGGAAAGACGGCACUCAUUGGAGUUGCAUUUGGCUCGGGUUUUGCUCCAUUCCGUGCAUAUCAUGAACUCCGUUCAGCCAUAGCUAGUAUGGAUGGUGUGGAGACUUUAGCUCCUUACUUACUCUUAUUAAGCAUACCGCAUGCAGAGCCGCAGCUUUUAGAGGAGCUCCGUCGAGAUGUGGAGAAUGGGGUCAUAAACGUAGUUCUUUGCCUCACUAGAGAUGAUGGGACAGAUAAUCAAGGCAAGGGCUUAGACAUAGAUAGCUUCACAUCAGCACACGGAACAUUUUUGCACAUUUACAAAGGGAAGCGUAUGGGGGACGUUAUCCAUUCGUCAUCCAUUCCUGAUAGAUUGUUGAGAGAUCUGAAUAGACCGGACUUGAGUGUAUAUUAUUGCGGGCCUGCAAAUGAUGCGGUUGAUACAUCUAAUAAAGUGAUUGAAAACAUGGUGGGAGCAGAGAAAUACCGUACAAUGCGCUCUGAGAAUAGAGUUCACGUUGAGGCAUAUUAG